GGAUGAAUCCGUGUUAUAUCGGCUGUGUGCUUCGCGCAUUCAGUCCGCGCCGUGGGGGUGCGUUGUAACACAUUGGUUCCGAUAGCGGGAAGAACUCAAGUUGAAUUAGAUGAAAUGGCCAGCUCGGGCUUCGGUGAGGCGUUCGGGGGCCUGAAGAGCUCCGAGUUCUACGAGUCUCCGCCCCCGGCGGCAGCGGCGAAGCCCGCGCCGGCGAAGCAGUCCGGCUACAGCAUCCUGGUGAACCCGCGCCAGCGUGGCAACCCGCUGCUCAAGGCCAUCUGCACGGUCCCGUGGGAGUUUAGCGACGUGGCGCCCGACUACGUGAUCGGCGCCAAGGCGUGCGCGCUCUUCCUGAGCCUGCGCUACCACCAGCUGAACCCGAGCUACAUCAGCGAGCGGCUGCAGGCGCUGGGACGCGCCUACGAGCUGCAGGUGCUGCUCGUGCAGGUGGACGUGCGCGAGCCGCACCACAUGCUGAAGGAGCUGACGCGCAUCUGUCUGCGCUGCGAGCUGACGCUGAUGCUGGCCUGGAGCGCCGACGAGGCCGGCCGCAUCCUCGACACGUACAAGGCGUACGAGCACAAGUCGCCGGAGAUGAUCAUGGAGCAGCAGGCGGGCAGCGCGCAGGAGCAGCUCAGCGACGCGCUGACGUCUGUGCGCUCCGUCAACAAGACAGACGCCGCCGCGCUGCUGGCCACCUUCGGCUCGCUGGAGCGGCUGGUGCUCGCCAGCCAGGAGCAGCUGUCCCUCUGUCCGGGCAUCGGCCCCGGCAAGGCCAAGCGGUUGUACGACGUGCUGCACAUGCCGGUGCGCAGGACGGGGAAGAGUUGAGACGGGCCGCGGCGUCGCUGCGGCUGGUGUGGCGCAUGCGGCGGGCGGGAGCGGCUCAGUGUGGGUGGGCGGUGCCCUGCGCGGCGCCGAGUCGGUUCGGCGAUCCAGUCUCGGUGGUCCGUUGUCAAGGAGUCGCAUGGACGCCGCGCCUCGCCCAUGCUUCCCUUGUUGACAGUCACGCAUCAUCACGUACAACGCGGUAUGGUUGUUCUCAGAUGAAGCCUCGUGUUGGUCUUGGAGGCGAUUUUAUUGCUCGUCUCAUGAACAUGGUAGAACCUAUUUUUGGCUGGCAUUUAGACCAAUAUGGCCAGUGGUCUUGUAUUUUUUGCUGUGUUACUCUGAAAUACAGUAUGUUUUUGUACGUA